AUGAAAUUUCUAAACAUUGUAGCUAAAUGGCCAGGUGCAACUCACGACGCCUUCAUUUGGGCUAAUUCUAGCUUGAGUGAAAUGUUUGAGGACGGAACAAUUGAUCAUGGAUGGCUGAUAGGAGAUAGUGGGUAUCCACUUCGUUCGUGGCUUCUCACUCCUGUGCUUAACCCAACAACGAGAAAUCAACAAAGAUACAAUGCUUCCCAUAUGAAGACGAGGAGCGUUGUCGAAAGGAGUUUUGGAGUCUUAAAAUCACGUUUCCGUUGCAUAGAUGCAAGUGCUGGCACAUUGCUUUACAGACCAUUAAAAUGCUGUGAAAUUUUUAUUGCUGUUGCUGUUUUACAUAAUAUGUGUAUAGCAAAUAGAAUCCCAUUGCCGGCAGACAUUGACCGAAAUCGCCCAGACCAAGGACACAUAGACAGACAACAGUAUGUCGGCCAUUUGAAUGAUGGUGCAAAUGUUAGAAACAGGCUGAUAAAUGGAAGAUUUGGACAUUGAAUAAAUUGUAUCAUCCAAUUACUUUUUAAUACUGUAUUUUUUAUCAUUACAACUACCAGAUAUUUAUUAAAUCCUCUACUCUUUG